CGCCCCUCCCGAGCUCCCGCCCGGCGCUCCUCCCGGACGGCGCUGGAGGGCCGGCGGUGGCGGUCCCUCGGGGCCCAUGGCGCUGCCAGCCUGGCUGCAGCCCAGGUACAGGAAGAAUGUCUAUCUUUUCAUCUACUACUUAAUCCAGUUCUGUGGCCACUCAUGGAUAUUUACAAAUAUGACAGCCAGGUUCUUUUCAUUUGGAAAAGAUUCAAUGGUUGACACUUUUUAUGCUAUUGGACUUGUGAUGCAACUUUGCCAAUCCAUCUCCGUCUUGGAGUUGCUGCACAUAUAUGUUGGCCUUGAAUCAAACCACCUUCUCCCUAGGUUUCUGCAGCUUACAGAGAGAAUCAUCAUCCUGUUUGUGGUGAUCACCAGUCAAGAGGAAGUCCAAGGGAAAUAUGUCGUGUGUGUUUUAUUCAUCUUCUGGAAUCUAUUGGAUAUGGUUAGGUACACUAAUAGCAUGUUAUCAGUCAUAGGAAUUUCCUAUGCUUUCCUGAAAUGGCUCAGUCAGACACUAUGGAUGCCGAUUUAUCCUUUGUGUGUUCUUGCUGAAGCAUUUGCCGUCUAUCAGUCGCUGCCUUAUUUUGAAUCGUUUGGCACUUACUCCACACAGCUGCCCUUUGACCUAUCCAUCUACUUCCCAUAUGUGCUGAAAAUAUAUCUCAUGAUUCUCUUUAUAGGUAUGUAUUUUACCUACAGCCAUCUUUACUCAGAAAGAAGAGACGUCCUCAGCGUCUUUCCCGUUAAAAAGAAGAAACUGUGAGACAGCAUGCUGCUGUGACGUAAGGAAAAACAGGCCGAGGAUUCCGCUGCAGAAACACCACAGGAAGCGUGCUGGCGUGGGAAGACUGAGCUUGUGACAGAAAUCCAUCACAUGACCUCCUCCCCGGACACCUCACAGCAGCCUGUGGUUCUCACACGUCAUAUUUUCAAAACAGACUCUGAACAACCUGUUUCUCCAAAGCUGUGGAUUUCUACAAGUUAAGUUUAUAUUGUCUGAAGCCUGAUACUUUCCUGUAAGGGUAAUGAGAAAUAGAUUCAAUUAACUUGAGAUGUAGUUUUAACAACGUUGGUUUCUAUUUCUUUUCACCUCCGAAUUCCCCUGUAGCAGCAGAUCUGCAGGAGGGAGCGCUGUGAAGUAUGGUCUGCAGUGUCCACAGUAACAUUUUGUAGACGUCACCGUUCCCAGAGGUAACACUCGUCAGACACACUUAGAAAAGGAAAAUAACACCCCAUAUUCCUUUAAAAAAAACAGGUCACAUAUACCUUACAUUGAGAUAAAAGCUAAGAACUAGUCAAGUUUCAGAUCAUUUAUUACUGAAUUACUAUUGUUAAUUACUCUAACGUUAUAAGUCAUCACUUACUAGUAUAGUUUUGAAAAUUGAUUCUUUCUUUGAAGAUUUAAAAUAUAUAAGAAUAACUGAUUAAUGGAACAAUUUCUGAAUCACUGGAAUAUCAUUCGCUUUUCUUGAAUUAUAGAAUCAUAUUGUCCAGCAACUAUAUAAAAAGGGUACUAAAUAUUUUGUUACAUAAAAACCAGGUAGUAAAAAUGUAAUUACCAAAAAAAUAAUUUUAUAUCAUUAAAUAAAUCAAAGAAACAAUUGAGCAUUAAAGGAUACUUUGAUAUCUUUAUAAAUUUAAUGUCAUAUUUAGAAUUUUAAGAUAAGUAUUAAGAUUACCCUUUUUAAAAAGCUACAUUUAUUUUGCUUUUAAAGGUGCUUAUUUUACUCCUAAAUUUAAAAAAAAGUUACUGAAAGCUUUAGUGUGCAACUGUAGGUGCCUUAGUCUAGCUCCCUCCCAAUAAAGAUGGCCACAUACAUUGCUGAAAUAUACAUCUAGAAUCACUAAAACAAAAAACUAGAGAAAUUAUACUUUACAAGAAAUUAAAAUUUCAUUACUAAAUAACACUUUAAUUUUUUUUAAAGCAAAUUACCUGAAGAACCUUCCUACUUCUUAAAAUAUUAGACCAAAAAGAAACACAAGUAAAAUUAUAAUUAUGGUAAUUUUGAAACAGAAAUAAGGAUUGACAAUUUGAGAUAUCUGCAGCAAUUGUAACAUAAGAAGAUCUGUAAUUUCCUAUGUUGGUUGCUUAUAUUAAAAUUGAAAUACUGAAUUUCACUGGAGAUUAGUGACAAUAAAGGAUGCUUUCUUCCGCUCAAGUUCAUGUUCCCCAGGUUAAGAAACCAAGAGUGUAACCAUCUAACUGGCUGUUACCAAGAUUGAGAAAUUUAUUUCUUUGGCUGUUUUAACUGUGUCCAUCAAAUCUCUAUUGUGUUUUGUUCAGUGUGGUGAAAGAGUUUCUCUAACAUAAGAACCAUUGGAUAUUUUCAAAGCAUAAGAUAUAACUUCUAAAUGAUCUUUCUUUGCAGUUUCAAAUGCCAAGUAAAUUACCUGAAGUUCUAAUAACUUAAGCAAAGAAAUAGUAAUCACAACAACAGUGUCUCUGGUGCCAAAAAACCAAUGACAAUAAAACUGCUGUGGAGAAUUUACUCCGUCACUCAGCAAAAAGUCUACUAAAAUAUACAAGGGAAACACACACACCCCUUGCACAUAACAUCAGAGUCCUGAACUUUUCCUUUAUCAAAAGUAGUUGUAUACAGAGCAAUAACAAACACUUCUUCCCAAUACCUUCGUUCAGUUUUAUUUUACUGUAGUAUGCUUGUCAAGAAACACUUACUUUGUGCCAACCAUGUACCAGUCACAGGUCAACACGAAAAAACCUUCACCAAGUUUGUUAUUAAAGAAGGUGCCACAGCUCACUGAAGUCCCUGAGAGAGUUGGUAACUUCCUGUUUUUACUAUAUCAGAUUCUGCCUAUGAAGAGCAAAUUGUCACAUAAAAGAAUCUGUUCCUUCCAAAAGUUUCUGAAGUAGCUAUAACAUCAAGUUUAAAUGUUUCUCUGGAGAAACGUACAUUUAAAAUUUACGCACAAAGACAACAGUUACAUUUUGUUUCAUUGUGCUAAAGUAUUGAAGUGAUUUAAAUAAAAAUGACCUUCCCUUUCCCCAA